AUGGAGAACAUCCAAGUUGUAGUUAGAAUUAGACCAUCAAAUGUUUUAGAGAAAGAUAAUAAUGAUCUUGAAAUUUGGUCUGUUUAAAAUCAAGACACAAUCACUAUUUCUAAUGACAGAUUUAAUGAUUUAGUUAGAAUGCGUAAAUUUGUACCUGGACAAAGAGUAGAGUUUACUUUCAGUAAAUAAUCAAUCUCAUAUCAAUAGAUUAAUGUUUCGAUCCCAAACACACCACUAAAUUUAUUUACUAAUAGUAGAUAUAAAGAAUAACAUUAUCAUCAUUGUAGGGUAUAAAUGGGACAGUAUUCAUGUAUGGAUAAACAGGAAGUGGUAAGACUUACACUAUGAUGGGAUAUGAUUAAGAAGAAGGAAUUUUAAAAUAAGCACUCAAAGAUCUUUUUGCAGAUAUUCAGAAACAAUAAGACAAAUAGUUUUUCUUAAGAUGCAGCUAUGUUGAAAUCUAUACUGAUUAAGUUUACGACCUACUAUCUACUCAAGAGAGAUUAAGCGAAACUUUACUCAUAAAUGAAGAUUUUAAUAGAGAAUUUGUUAUUAAGGGAGCGGUUGAAGAAGUUGUCACAACUAUUGAUGAAAUUAUGGAUAUUCUUCAAUUUGGAGAAAGUAAUAGGCAUUAUGCUUCAACUGUUAUGAAUCAUUGUAGUAGUAGAUCUCAUACCAUUUUCAGACUUUAUGUUAGAUGUGUUCCAAAUACUAUUGGACCAAAUUCUGUGAUUACUGAAUCUAUUCUUAAUUUUGUUGAUUUAGCAGGAUCUGAAAAAAUCAACAUCCAUGAUUCAAUGCUUAAAAAAAGAGGAACUUCAGCAGGAGGAAGUGGGACUCAAUAUAAAGAUAGACAAAAUGAAUCCAAACACAUCAAUAAAAGUUUGUUUUUUUUGACUCAAGUGAUAUCUCUAAGAGCUCAAGGGCGAAAGUAAGAAUUUUAUAUUAUUUAGCGAUCAACAUAUUCCAUAUCGAAACUCGCCAUUAACUAAGAUUUUAAGAUCUUCCUUAGGAGGUAACUCAAGAACUGCUAUAAUUCUAUGUGUUAAUCCUUGUUACAGUUAGUUUGAAUAAACUUUGUCUACUUUAAGAUUUGGUACUAAUGCAAAAAAAAUUGAAAAUAAUGUAUCCAAGAAUAUUGUUGGCUUUGAUAAUGAUGAAAGUCUCAAUAGAGUAAUUAAAGAUUAUGAAACCAAAAUUGAAGAAUUGCAAAAAGCAAGAGUUGAUGAUAAAUAGUAAUAAGAAAUGAUGCUAAAAAUUAUAGAAAAGCUUGAAGAGCAAAGAAAAAUAUUUAAAUCCUAAUUUACAGCUUCUGAUCAUAUAUAAGCCAUGAUUAACAAAGAUUUACCUUAUUAAUGGACUCAUUUACACUAUCAUGGUGUUGGAGUACUUUGGGUUCCAGAAAAAGGAAGCAGAGAUGUCGAAGUUAAAUAAGAUAUUAUUGAUUCUUUUGGGAUGAUAAAAAAAUAUUAAAAUUUAGAGGAAGAGUUCAUUAUAAUGAAAUCAGAGAAGUAAACGCUUGAAUCUUAAGUUAAUGAACUUAAAUUAAAGUAAUAGGAAGCUAUAAUUUAAACAAAAAAGAGAUAUGCGAAUUAAAAAGCUAAAACGAGAAAAUACAAAUAAUUAAGUAAAGAUCUUUAGGAUGAAAGAAAUAAACUUUAAAAAAUUGCGCAAUGCUAUCAUAAUAUGAUUGAUGUUGAUGAGAUGUUAUUAUUGAGCAACGAAACAUUAGAUCAAAUGUUAGAGAAUAUUUCUAUCAUGAUGCAAAAUAUAUACAAAGUUAAACUGAGAAAGGAGAUAAAACCUAAAGGUGACAAUACUGAAGCAUUAAAAUUAAAAACCUCUAAGCCUAUUAAAUAUCCCAAAUAUCUAUUUGACACAUCAGCUAUUAAUGUUUAAUUUUGGGAUGUAAAUGAGAAUAAGAAAACUGAAGAGUCAAGUAAAAGCGAAAUUGAAUCAUUCCAAAGCUAUUUCUAAUCUUAAUUGAAUUAAAGUAGUCCAACUUACAAUGAUAUGCAAAGCAGUAUUUAAUAGUUUAAGGAACCAUUUAAGCACAUUUGUUCUCAUGAAAAAAAUGCACCUAAUAAAUGUGGAAAAGAAAAUUUUGAACCAUCAUUCAAAAAAAAUCAAAGCAUGGAAAUCGCUGAUGAAUUAAAUUUCCGUAGUUAUUUUAGAUGA